GCCUCAGACGCCAUCGGACAGCACCGCUUCGGACAGCGCCGCAUCGCACGGCACCGCAGAGCCAGAUCGGUCGGAGAACCCGCACCCAGCGCCCAGAAUGCCGGGACGGAGGAGCCAGGGAGAGUCGUCCAGACGCCGGAGACGGAGACGGGCCCGGUCCCGCAGCGCCAGAGCUGAGCUGUCGUUCUCCGUGAGCCACAUGGAGCGUCUCCUGCGCGAAGGCCGCUACGCCCAGCGCGUGAACUGGUCCACACCGAUCUUCCUGGCGGCGGUCAUCCAGUACAUGACGGCCAAGGUCCUGGAGCUGGCGGGCGACGAGGCCCAGAAGACCGGCCGCAGGUGCAUCACCCCGGCGCUCCUCGACAUGGCGGUCCACAACAACUCGCUGCUCUGCGACUUCUUCCGCAGCACCAUCUUUUCCCAGGUGGCCCCCCCCUGGGAUUAGCUG